AUGGUGCGGGGCGGCAGCUCUCUCCCGAAGCAACGUACGCGACGUGCGAACCAAACUGCUCUGAUCAGUCAUCGUUCAUCCUAUCGGCCCGGGAGUUUAAAGGGCGGCGAUGACCUGGCGAGUAAUGUCACCAGGUUAUCACGAGCCAUUAAGCCAGCUAGUUCGGAUGCCAUACCCCAGAUCGUGUAUUACCACUAUGGAGUUGGAAGUCAAGGUGGCAUCGUGGAUAGAGUCUACGGAGGAGCUACAGGUCAAGGUCUAUCGGAAGCAGUUCGCGAAGGGUACAGCUACCUUGCGACAAAUUGGGAAGCUGGCGAUGAGAUCUUCUUGUUUGGCUUCAGUCGCGGAGCCUUCACUGCACGUGCUAUAGCCGGACUCAUCGACAAUAUUGGCAUGUUGACCAAGGAUGGUCUGCCGUAUCUCGCAGAAAUCUUCCGCGAUGUACAACAUCGACAUGAUUCAGAUUACAAACCGAAGAACCCAAACAAGCCAUUCAAGAACAAACCCAGUGUCAUGGAUCCACGGUAUCGACACGAGCUUGAGAGAAGAGGUAUGACGAGACUCGAGGUACCGAUCAAAGUCGUUGGCGUGUGGGAUACUGUUGGCUCGCUGGGCACACCGAGGAUCGGCUGGCUUGAGAAGUUGGGAAUCCAGAGCUCGGCCAGUAAGCGCAUGUCAUUCUAUGAUACGAGGUUGUCCGACUGUGUUGAAUAUGCAUUCCAAGCUCUGGCUCUGGACGAACGCCGAUCUGCCUUUGCACCAGCUCUUUGGGAGAAAAAGCCCGGCAACACAACUGUGCUUCGGCAGGUUUGGUUCCCAGGUGUACAUUCCAACAUUGGCGGAGGUCUCGAUGACCAGGAACUUGCCAACAUUACUCUGGCCUGGAUGAUGUCGCAGGUGACGCCUUUUCUCGAUAUGGACCUGGAUUACGCAUUAGAUCAGCAAGACGACACUGAGAACUACUACAAGGAGACGAAACAAAAACCACGGCCUUGGUCAUUUGGAAAAAUAGUUGAUUCAAUGACUGGCAUAUAUGCGUUGGGUGGCGCAACGACACGAACGCCAGGACGAUACUAUGUCGUGGAUCCCACUGAUGGCCGCAAGACAGAUGUACCACUGCAGUCAACGCACGAGUAUAUGCACCCUUCAGUACGCACUCGCUUCCGCCUCAAAGGCCCUGGCGUAGAUGACGAAGGUCUAUACGAACCCAAAGCCCUGAAGGACUGGAGACUAUUCGUGGAUUACGAAGGAGAAAAAGGUAAAGGCGGCCGACCGAAUGUAUUCUGGAAACUGCGCACGUCUGAGCGAAACGUCACUACCAGGACUAUACCGGAAGCACCGCUGUUGCCAUUGGAGCGAGAGUUGCUAGAGAUGGAUCCUGAGAUGGAAGAGUUUGUCUACAGACCCGCCCCAACUGCGAGAAAUAGCGUGCGACGUGCGCGUGCAUCUAGUCGGAAUCGCAGUCAGAGUCGUAGGCGAUAA